UUAAUUAAGGGGCCCGGUAAAGCCCUAUAAAUAGAAGAGCUAGAAACCGAAGGAGGGCGGGCGAGGGACCCAUAUAUAUACGAAGAAGAAUCAGAACAAAGAAAUUACAAGCUUAAUUAAUUGUAUAGCUAGUGAGGGGUGGUGGUGUGGUGGUGGUGGUGGUGCAUCUCAAUGGCGACUCCCUCGGAGGGCAAGAACGUGACGUCGGAGGAGACGGAAGUGACGUCGGAGCACCGCGGGGCCGACGUCGAACGGCGCCGGCGUUCGGCGUCGGGUGGUGGGGCGAGAGAGCUGGAUUUAGAAUUCCCGCUCAUGCGGCAGACGUCGAUAUACUCGCUGACGCUCGACGAGAUUCAGAACACCGUGUGCGAGCCCGGCAGGACCUUCGGGUCCAUGAACAUGGACGAAUUCCUCGCCAACAUAUGGAACGUGGAAGAGGGCCACAACAACAACAACAACAACAACAACAACAACAACAACAACAAUAAUGCCGCCGCUGCUGCUGCUGCUGCGGCGGCGGCUGAGAAUGCUGUAGUGGCGGCGCCGCCACAGGAGCAGCAGCAGCUGCAGCGACAGGGGUCUUUGACGGUGCCUGCGCUGCUGUCGCGGAAGACGGUGGAUGAGGUGUGGGCCGAGAUACACCGGGGGGAGGCGCACGUGGACCGGGUGCACCAGGAUGGGGGGACGCGUCAGCCGACGUUCGGGGAGAUGACGCUGGAGGAUUUUCUGGUAAAGGCCGGGGUGGUGAGGGAAGGAUACGGCGGCGGUGGGGCGCCGAAUUUAACGGAGCAGCAGCAGCAGCAGCAGCAGUAUGGGGGAGUCUACGGGGCGCAUGCAGUUGGGAUGGGGUACGGUGAUCACCACCAGCACCAACACCAACACCAACACCAACACGCGCACCAGCACGUGCACCACAACCAGGUUGCGAAUGGGGUGUACCAUGUUGUGGGGGAUGAGGUGGGGUACGCGAGCGCAGGGAGGAUGGCCGGGAACGGGUACGGGCCAGGGCCGGUGCACGUGGGGUCGCCCGCGAGCCCCGGGUCGUCAGAGGGGAUGAACGGAGGGCAGGCGGACAAUGCGGCGGCCGCGGCGGCAUACAAUGAUGGGAUGGUGAACGGGAGGAAGCGAACAGCAGGGGGUGUGGUAGAGAAGGUGGUGGAGCGCAGGCAGCGACGGAUGAUCAAGAACAGGGAGUCGGCUGCCCGGUCGCGCGCCCGGAAGCAGGCAUACACAGUGGAGCUGGAAGGUGAGCUGAAUCAGCUAAAAGAAGAAAAUGCUCGACUUAAAGAAGAAGGGAAAAGAAUGCUGGCGCUGAGAAAGCAAGCGUUGGUGGAGACGAUGACUGAGCGGGCACGGGUGAAAGCAAAGAAGAUGGCCUGCAGGGUGUUUCGCUGCAACAGCUGCUCCUGGUGAUCUUUUUUGACCGAAGAAACUGUUUGCUUUGGCUUUGUACAUACGACUUGUGCGAACUUCCGUUCCGUAUUAGCUAAGUAUCCCGAAAUCCGAACUGUAGCCAGAUCGGGGGGCAAGACAUCCUCUCUAAUCUGCUGCUCCAUGCAUGAUAGGAGUUUUGCCUUCCUCCUGCAGUGCCUACUAGCAAAGACAAGAUCAAAUAGGCCCUCUUGGCUUGUAUUAGUUGGCAUGUGUACUCUGAUCAGUGGGAAAUGUGUGUGGGGUAAAGUGUGUUUGUUUUGUACAGUGAGUUAUAUAUAUAUAUAUAUGGCUAGUUGGGUGAAGAGAUAUUAGUAGUACCCAUUCUAAACAUAUGUUAACUUAUCCAAUUUGUUUGUGUCUUACUUUUGCAUAGUAA